AAUUAUUUGUCCCGCCCCGCACCAACCUUGGAACACCACCCCGGCAUUUUCCAAAUGACAGACUCCAACCCCCUCAUACUCUACGACAUCUCUUCACCCUUAAAGCCCCGGUCCUACGCGCCCAAUCCUUCCAAGGCCCGUCUCGCGCUCAGCUUCAAACGUGUGCCCUUCAAGACCACCUGGGUCGACAUCCUGGACAUCCCUGACGUUCGUGAGGGGCUCAGCUGCGCGGCCACCCGUAAGCUCGACGAUGGCUCCGACUUCUACACGCUGCCCAUGCUGCGGGACCCAGCCUCUGGUAGGGUCGUUGGCGACUCGUUCGACAUCGCCAACUAUCUCGAGGACACGUUCCCGGACUCAGGCGGCUGCCUUUUCCCUUCGGACUCUACUCGCACUGGGCUCGACUACGAGAGCCCGCACAAGGACACGCCAUUCUUCGCGCCCCUGACUUCCAACCAGGGGUCCAAAAACGAGGCCUACGCAAGGUUCAACUUGCACGUCGACGCUACCUUCUCCGCACAUGUGGUGCUCGUCAGCCAGUACAUGCCCUUCAACCCGGACACGGCCGACGCCGUAAAGGCCCUCUUCAUCAGGCGCGCACACCUGCGCUCCUGGGAUGAUCUCCGCGUUCAGGGCGAGGCAAGAGAGCAGCUCAAGGUGGCGUUCAAGGAAGCAUUGACGUCACUGGCCCAGCUGUUUAUGAUCCACGAUACCGGCCCGUACCUCGAGGGGAAACAGGCUAAUUAUGCCGACCUGAUCGUGGGCGGGUGGCUGAACAUGCUCUCCGUCACCAUGCCCGAGGAGGAGUGGAAGGAUUUCAGGACGUGGCAUAGUGGAGUCUUUGCCCGGUUGCAUGAUGCCCUGCAGGAGAACUAUUUCGUGUGCCAGUAGAGGAUAGAAGGUGCUAUGGUUUCUUGUAUAUCCAACGCCCGGUCUCCAAACUGUGAUGAACCGCACCAGCGAAUUCCGGCGCGGAAGGGUCCCAGAUGGAUGGAUCAGUUUUCAGAAAGCAUCGUUUUCCUCCAUCUACCGCCCGAAUCAAGCUUCUAACACC